CCUGCUCCCAUCUACGUCUUCGCUGUUCCUGCACGCUCACACUCUCGCAAUAUCUCACACUACAGACGACUCUUGACGGCUGAGCUACACAUUCUAUCCACUUCCCCCAACCAUGACGGAUAAGCAGGCUUACCUGGCCGCGAAAUACAUGUCUGGCCCAAAGGCGGACGCCAUCCUCUCCAAAGUCGGCAAGAAGAAGAAGAGAAAGGCACCCGCGGCAAGUGCACCAGCACCCUCUGGUGGCGUCGUAGUGCACGAUGACAGUGCAUGGGGCGAGCAGCGCGAGGAGGAAGAAGAGGACCUCACCGAAGCCGUUGUCGCCUCCGACCGAAAAUUCAAGAAGCGCAAGGUCGCGCGCGCGGAAGAGGGCUCAGGAUGGACAACAGUCGCAGGAGGUGAGGGUGGGAGCACGAUCAAGCAAGAAGACGAUGGCACGCCCCCACCCGCCGAGGACGAGAAACCGAUGGUCGUGGACGCAACAGCGCCCUUCACCGGCGGCCUCGUCUCCGCCGCGCAGUUGAAGAAGAUCCUCCCGCAGUCCGCGCCCGCGCCAGAGGAGUCCCCCGAGGACAUCGCGCGCGCGCAGGAAACCGUUUACCGCGAUGCCUCCGGGCGCAAGAUCGACACGAAGGCCGCGAAGGCGGAGGCCGCGCGCCUCAAGCGCGAGCGCGAGGAGAAGGAGGCGGCGAAGAUGGAGUGGGGGAAGGGUCUGGUGCAGCGACAGGAAAGAGAGAAGCAGAGGGAGGAGCUGGAGAAGAACCGCUCGCUGCCGUUCUCGAGGUAUAAGGACGACAAGGAGCUGAACGAGAUGCAGAAGGAGAAGGAGAUUUGGAACGAUCCGAUGGCAGCCUUCCUAUCGAAAAAGCGGACGAAGGGGCCACGGAAGCCAGAGUACACGGGCCCUCCACCACCACCGAAUCGGUUUGGCAUCAAGCCAGGGUAUCGCUGGGACGGUGUCGAUCGAGGAAAUGGGUUCGAGAAGAAGCUCUUCCAGGCACAAAACUCGCGAAAACGAACCGGAUUGGAAAGCUAUCAAUGGGGCGCAGAGGAUAUGUAGGAGACGGAUUUGUAGUGAGCGUCAAUCUAUGCACGUUUGGUGCGACCUUCGACUUGAUAUCGCUCCGGCCCUCGCAUGCAACUUCUCCGCCCUGAAUUAUGGUCUGACUGAUGGCGAGUUGAGGGUGGCACACGACUUGCGCUUCAAUUGUCAUUAUCGAGAAGCGUAAGGUUGCAAGCUUCUCACCACAUUCCUUUCCCGAGAUCAUCUGCGAAGAAUCUGUGGUCAUUGGCCGCAUACACUGUCG